AUGAACCUGGACGAGUUCAACGAACUGGUGAAGCAGAGAGAUGAAAUCGAGCGGGAAAUCAAGGAGAACGUGGAUUUCCUGGAGUCCCCAGAAAACAAAAGCGUGGGCAUGAAGGGCAAGCUGGUAGAUCAAGAAGGGUUCCCCAGAAACGAUAUAGACAUAUAUAGCAUCCGAGUUGCAAGGAACAAGGUCAUCUGCUUAAAAAACGAUUACCUAGAUAUGAAUAAAAGGAUAGAAGAGUACCUCCACAAGGUUCACACUUCUCAUCCUCCCAUACGAGUACAAAGGAGUAAGGCGAAGGACGAAGAAGGAAAUGACCCAAAUGAAUCUUCCUCAGAAAGUCACGUAGAAGAUUACGAUGAAUCAGCACCAGGUUAUGAACAGCUAAUCGAAGAAGCCAAAAGAAGUACCUUUGCCAUGAUCGAUGAGAUGGUAGAGAAUUCCCCUUCACAUAAGGCAGGGCUACGAAUCAACGAUUAUGUAUUUCAGUUUGGUGAUAUACGAAAAAAAAAAAAAAAAAAAAGUGAUGAAAGUGAAAAGGAUAAUGCAGACAUUUUCAGCAGAAUUGCAACUUACAUGAGUAACAAUCCCACCAGAAUUAAAGGGGGUAGUAGUUUAAAGGGAUUCCCAUCAGGUGAGAUGAUAUACUACAAAGGGGGACCAAUAAAAUGGAACAGAAGUUACAAGGAAAAGGUGUAG